AUGGAGGAGGACUACGACACAGAGGACGAGACGGCGAUCACCACCUUGAAGCAGGUGAUGAACGUCACGCAACGCACGAGGGCGCUAGAGGGGUGUCUGAUCAGCACACAUCUGCUGGACAAGGAGUGCAUCCUCAACACGUACGCGAUCGGCCUCAAGUCUUUGGUCGAACGGCUCCGCACAGAGAAGAUAGAAAUGGCGGCGGAGUACAUCAAGUACUGGCGAGCGAAGACCACGUUCGCCAAGGAGGGGGAGGAGGCCAAAGUUCGUCAUUCGUUCUACAUACAUGCGUUCGUGCCCAUCGGGGAGCCGCCCAACAUGUUGAUUGUCCCAGCCAACCUCCUGAUCACCAAGUGCCUCAUGAAGUUGGGGUCCGAGCCGAAGCCAGGCCCGCCGCCGCGAGGGGGUCCCGAGAGGAAGCUCCAGAAUUCUCUGACCAGGAUGCUGAAGGGGGGCAAACACAAGAAGUGGUAG